AUGAGAAUCGUUAAAAACCCGUCAAAAAUUUCGAUUGAUCGAAAUGUAUUUGCUGCACUACUUCUCGCCUCUAUAAUUGCCUUCGUUUUUGUUACAGUCAUAAUCAUCCCCCAAUGGAGCCGUUACGGGUUUCUUGAAAACAAUUCGUUUACUUUCUCUGGUAGCAUUAGCGAAAAUGCGUCAAACCAACUCUGGAAUGCGACCAAGAAAGUCAUCAAUUUUGCAGAAUGGUUAUCAUCAUUCGGUAGUUGGAAGAAUGAAACCAAUCACUGCUCGCUGAAUCUGGAUGAUUUUUCUGGGCGUAUCAAUCUGUCUAUGACAGUAUUGCCUACUGAAGUCCUGGAGGAGAAAUAUAAUUACCUAUUACCUGGAGGUCAUCAUAUACCCACAGAAUGCAACGCCAAAGAUAAGAUGGCAGUUCUAAUCCCAUUCCGUAACAGAGACGCUCAUUUACACAUCCUUCUCAAUAAUUUGCAUAGUUUCCUCACGAAACAGAUGCUGGAAUAUUCAAUUAUAGUGGUGGAGCAAAUUGGAAACCAAACGUUUAACAGAGCGAAGCUCUUCAACGCAGGCUUCAUUGAAGCGAUGUCGAUGUAUGAAUGGAAUUGCAUCCUAUUUCACGAUGUAGACGUUCUUCCUGAAGAUGAUCGCAUUGUGCAUACGUGUUCACUAAGAAAUCCACGCCAUAUGGCUGUUGCAUUGAAUAAAUUCGGCUACAAGCUUCCUUAUGCUACAAUGUUUGGAACGAGCACUGCUCUUACCGUUGAACAAUUUCGAAUGGUGAAUGGGUUUUCGAAUCGAUUCUGGGGCUGGGGCGGUGAAGACGAUGAUCUAUACAAGAGAGUUAUAGCGGUAGGAUACGAUGUUGAUCGAUAUCCAGAGAGUAUCGCUCAUUAUACGAUGAUCAAGCAUGGAGGGGAACCGAAGAGCAAUCCAGUGAAUAAAUGUCGCUGGAAACUACUGGAUCUAACAAACAGAGACUGGAAGAGUGAUGGUCUGAACAAUCUCAACUACACUCUUAUUAAAAGGACUAAAAGAAAACUCUAUACGCACAUACUAGUUGACCUGCUAGAAAACAAUGAGCGACCAUUUGUUGAUUCUUCUUUCUGCAAGGAAAAGGAAGAACUAACUAUAACUAACUAUAAAACAACAAUAAGUACGAGGAGAUAA